AUGACUAAAGAUAAAGCUAGCUCUGAUGACAUCCAGGGCACCACGCCUGAUUCCGGUCCCGAUAGUCAGGAUGUCAUGAAAGCCGAGCUCGUCGAUCCAAACCCCCCAAAUCAGCUUCAACGCCGCCUCGACAACCGUCAAAUUCAGAUCAUGGCAGUGGGGGGCUCAAUCGGAACUGCUUUAUUCAUCAGUAUCGGCGGAGGACUGGCCAAGAGCGGACCGCUCAGCCUACUGCUUGGCUACGGCAUUUACUCUAUGAUUUUGGCCUGUGCUACCAACGGUCUGGCUGAGAUGACUACGCUGGCUCCCAUUCCCGGCGGGUUCAUCCGCAUGUCGGGCAAAUGGGUGGACGAUGCCUUUGGCUUCAUGGCCGGAUGGAACUUCUUUCUCUACGAGGCGAUCUCGAUUCCGUUCGAAAUCACUGCUCUCAACAUGUUGUUGAAGUUCUGGACCGAUGCCAUUCCCACGGCAGCAGUGUGCUGUGCAUGUAUUGUCGCUUAUUCUCUGCUUAGCAUCUUUGCAGUCAAAAUAUACGGGGAAGCCGAAUUUUGGGGAUCAAGUGGCAAGGCCGUGCUGAUCACCCUCUUAUUCUUUUUCACCUUCGUCACCAUGGUCGGUGGCAACCCUCAGCAUGAUCCUUAUGGCUUUCGUCACUGGAAGAACCCGGGGCCCAUGGCCGAGUACCUACACACCGGAUCACUCGGUCGCUUUGAAGGUGUGCUUUCUGCCAUCUGGGUCGCAAGUUUCACGAUUGCGGGUCCGGAGUAUGUCAAUCUUCUGGCCGCCGAGGCGAAACGCCCGCGAGUGUACAUCAAGCACGCUUACCGGGUGGUCUACUGGCGGUUCAUCUUCUUUUAUCUCAUGGCCGCCUUGUGCGUGGGGAUCCUCGUCGCUUAUAACGACCCAACUCUAGUAGCCAUCUUUCUCGACAACACCGAUAGCGGCGCUGGAGGAUCGUCUCCAUUCAUCGUGGCGAUGCACAACAUGCAGAUUCCGGUCCUGCCACAUCUGAUCAACGCCCUGCUGCUGACGACGAUCUUCUCGGCCGGCAAUACGUACAUGUACUGCGCAAGUCGCAGUCUGUACGGGCUGGCUCUGGACGGGCGAGCUCCCGCCAUUCUGGCCAAGUGCACCAAGAACGGCGUGCCACUGUACUGCGUGCUGGUCGUCAUCUGUUUCCCCCUGCUUUCCCUCCUCCAACUGGGCGAUGGAUCCGCGCAGGCCCUGACCUGGCUGACCAAUCUGAUUACAGCCGGGGGGAUCAUCAACUACAUCGUCAUCUGCGUGACCUACCUUUGCUUCUACCGUGCCUGCAAGGCCCAGGGGGUGGACCGCAAGACCUUCCCUUAUUUUGGCCGCUUCCAACCCUACACCGCUUGGAUCGGGCUCGUCGGGGAGUGUCUGAUUGUGGUUUUCUACGGCUACGCCAGUUUCACUCCCUGGAACCUUUCAGACUUCUUCACUCAUUACACAAUGGUCAUUGUGGCUGUUGUGCUGUUUUUCUAUUGGAAGCUUAUCAAACGUACCCGGAUGGUCGAUCCCAAAGAUGUCGAUCUGGUCUGGGAAAUCCCGCUUGUUGAUGCGUACGAGGCCAGCCUGACGUCGCCUCCAGCCGGGUUCUUCGCGGAAUUACUGCAACUGGUUGGCUGGAGGAAAGGACAGAUUACGGGUGAUGUGGACAGUCGGAUAUGA